CAAUAUUCAGUUCAUCCUAGACAUUAAAUACUCACUAUUUAUAAAUGAUCAAUGUAUAGUAUAAAUUUACAUAAUACGAUUACAGUAAUAUGCAAAUUUGAAAGGAAAAAAACAGAAACAGUCAUCUGAACAUUCAAAAUGUUUUUCGAUGUAGCAAACCGUUUGAUUUUUAUUCUGCUUGGAACUAUAUGGAUGAUAUAUCAGUUAUACCAUAAACAAACACCACAGACAACUCAUUCAACAACAGAUCAUACCAGAACUGAUGGAAUUGUUAGUCAGACAGAGAAUGUCACUCACCCAAUGACCACUGUAAUAGAUGUCCGCAGAACAGAAAACGAAACAAGAAAAACCACAUUGAAGAUACUUCAGUCAUCUGAUAAACAACUACCACAGACAACUCAUUCAACAACAGAUCAUACCAGAACUGAUGGAAUUGUUAGUCAGACAGAGAAUGUCACUCACCCAAUGACCACUGUAAUAGAUGUCCACAGAAUAGGAAAUGAAACAAGAAAAACCACAUUGAAGAUACUUCAGUCAUAUAAUAAAACACUACCAAUAUUUAUUCGUUCACCAUUAAAUAAGGUUGAUUCACAAGGAUACAUUUUUCAACCAAAAAUAGUAACCAGUAACAACUUUUCUGUUGAUAAUGAUGUCCACAAUAUUACAACUAAAACUAAAGAACAAAAAUAUGAUAUGAUUUUAGAAAUUUUAUUAGCACGAACAAAUGCUCAACGCCAACAAAUUGUAAUCCGUUACAACAAUAUUUCUAAAACUUCAUUAAUGAAUGAAAUGGAUCAUGUUAAACCGAAUAAUUUGAAACUAUUACUUCAAGAUCUAUUAACAGAUAUAUCAAUCUUAUUUGCUGAAGAACUAUAUAAAGCAAUAUAUACAUCAAAUAUACAAUUAACAACUAGUAUAUUAAUGGAUUUCUGGGAAAAUGAAUUUAGUCAAGUGGAAAAUGUUUAUAAAUUAUAUUCAAAUGAAUCCAUUUGGAAGAGUAUAGAAAAACAAUUUGGAAAAUCUACACAAGUAUUUAUAAAAUGUGUAGUUGAAACAAGAAAAAUUAAAAUUAAACAACAACUAAUGGAUGAUGAUGUUUUUAAACCAAUAGUUAAUAUGAGUGAAGUUAGUAAAACGUUUCAUAUUUUGUUGAAACAAAUGAAUUCAAUGGGAGAUAAUCAACAACAGUCAAGUAAUCUUCUCUGUAAACUGAACCCAUUUCAAAUAGACGAAUUAGAUAUGAUGUAUCAACGAGAUUUCAGAAGUAUAUCCUCUGAAGUUAUUCAACGUGGAUCAUCUGGUGAAAUGCGUGAUUUAUUAAUGUCAUUGUAUACUUAUUCUGUAAAGAAACCAAUGUACUUUGCUACAUUAAUCCAUGAUGCACUUUAUAAAGAACUUAUCGAUAUGUUAACUGCUCAACGUUUACUUAUUUUCCGUUCAGAAAUUGAUUUACAAACAGUAUGUGAUUUAUAUGAAGCAGAAUAUGGAAUCUAUUUGUCAGAUGAUGUAAAACAGAAGUACUUCAAUAAACAAGAUAAUGCUUGGACAAAUCUUUUAAAAAUGCAAAAAUCAGUUGUUGUCUAUUAAUCUUCAAAGUAGUCGUUCCUCCAAUGGAAUUUUCGUUAGACAUUGUGCUGUUCUUCCUAAAUCUACAUAAUGGUUUCUGAAAAACAGAAUGGUUUGAAUAACUUAUAACAGUUAUUUGCUUUAACUAACUUAUUCAUUCUAGGAUCUUGUGUUGUUAUGCAAAACAACCCGUAUUACGAUUAGAACAAACGAUCAACCACACAAUGCUAAUAUUUCAUUUGUUGUACGACAUAGAAUGAUGCAUGAUAUAACAGUUAACAAAACUAGUUUGUUUUGCACAAUGAAUGUGACUAAAAAAUUUUUUUUGGAGAUAUAUCUUUGUGUGUUGAACAGUUUUUUAUUUUGUCGUACAUGGUCUACUAUUGAAUAAACCCUUUAAGUAAACUGUAAGCAAUAUAUAACCCAUAAGCGCAAGACAGGUA